AUGGCAUCCUCUCAAGAAGUUGUCGCUGACGGAACAGGUACGGUGCCGCCCGAUGUGUCCAGUGUCAUCCAACUCGAUCCGUGGCUGGAACCUCAUCGCGAGGUGCUGAAACAAAGAUACAGCUUGGUCGAGAAAUGGGCCAAAGCGAUCAACGAGUCUGAAGGCGGCUUAGACAAGUUUAGCAAGGGCUACGAGACAUUUGGCCUCAAUGUACAGCCUAAUGGCGACAUCACAUAUAGAGAAUGGGCCCCCAAUGCGGUGGAAGCGUCGCUGGUCGGCGAUUUCAAUAAUUGGGACAUCAAUGCCAACCCCAUGUCCAAGAACACAUUUGGGGUGUGGGAGGUGAUUGUCCCCGCACAGAGUGGUAGCGUGGCCAUUCCCCAUGACAGCAAGAUCAAGAUUACAAUGACUCUACCCAACGGCGAGCGGAUCUACCGGAUCCCAACAUGGAUCAAGCGAGUCGUGCAAGACCUGAGCAUCUCGCCAACCUAUGACGCUGUCUUCUGGAACCCGCCCGCCAACGAGCGAUACAGCUUCAAGCAUUCGCGCCUCAAGAAACCCGAGAGCCUGCGUAUCUAUGAAGCGCACGUCGGCAUCUCGUCGCCCGAGACCCGAGUUGCCACGUACAAGGAGUUCACGAAGAACAUGCUGCCGCGCAUCAAGUACCUGGGCUACAAUGCCAUUCAGCUGAUGGCCAUCAUGGAGCACGCCUACUACGCCAGCUUCGGCUAUCAGGUGAACAACUUUUUCGCAGCAAGCAGCCGCUACGGGUCCCCGGAAGACUUGAAAGAACUGAUUGAUACUGCUCAUAGCCUAGGGCUCGUGGUGCUGCUAGAUGUGGUGCACAGCCAUGCGUCGAAGAACGUCGAGGAUGGACUCAACAUGUUCGAUGGCUCGGACCAUCUCUACUUCCACGGGGGUGGGAAGGGUCGUCACGAUUUGUGGGACAGCCGACUAUUCAACUACGGCAGUCAUGAGGUGCUGCGCUUCCUCCUAAGCAACCUGCGCUUUUGGAUGGAGGAGUACCAGUUCGAUGGGUUCCGGUUUGAUGGCGUCACUAGCAUGCUGUAUACACACCAUGGCAUUGGGACGGGUUUCUCCGGUGGAUACCAUGAAUACUUCGGCCCUGCCGUCGAUGAAGAAGGUGUUACCUACUUGGCCCUCGCCAACACCAUGCUGCACGAACUAUACCCCGAGUGCAUCACUGUCGCCGAAGAUGUUUCUGGCAUGCCGGCCUUGUGUCUACCACACUCGCUUGGCGGAGUCGGCUUCGACUACCGACUGGCCAUGGCAAUCCCCGACAUGUACAUCAAGCUGCUGAAGGAGAAGAAGGAUGACGAAUGGGAUAUUGCCAACCUGGCAUACACUCUCACGAACCGGCGCCACGGCGAAAAGACCAUUGCCUAUGCCGAGAGCCACGAUCAAGCACUCGUCGGCGACAAGACCCUCAUGAUGUGGCUCUGCGACAAAGAAAUGUACACGCACAUGUCCGUGCUCACGGAUUUCACUCCGAUCAUCGAGCGCGGCAUGGCGUUGCACAAAAUGAUCCGACUCGUGACACACGGCCUCGGCGGCGAAGGCUGGCUCAACUUUGAGGGCAACGAGUUCGGGCACCCGGAGUGGCUCGACUUCCCCCGCGCCGGUAACGACAACUCCUUCUGGUACGCGCGCCGGCAGCUCAACUUGACCGAGGACCACCUGCUGCGGUACCGGUUCCUGAACGACUUCGACCGGGCGAUGCAGCUGACGGAGGCCAAGUACGGGUGGCUGCACAGCACGCAGGCGUACAUCAGCCUGAAGAACGAGAGCGACAAGGUGCUCGUCUUCGAGCGGGCAGGCUUGCUGUGGAUCUUCAAUUUCCACCCCACGCAGAGCUUCUCGGAUUAUCGGGUCGGCGUGGAUGUGGCAGGGACCUAUCGGGUCGUGCUGGACACGGAUGACCCAGCAUUUGGCGGCUUGGGGCGGAAUGUGAAGGAAACGAGGUUCUUCACGACAGAUUUAGAGUGGAAUGGGCGGAAGAACUUUACGCAGGUGUAUAUUCCAACGAGAACUGCUCUGGUCCUCGCCUUGGAGGAGACACUGUAG